CGCACCCACGCUUCCGUCUUCGCUGUGGGCGGGGACUGUGUGGCUCUUUCAGCGAACCUUUGUCUCAAUGAUCUGUUGCUGAAAGUCUAAGUUCAGUCUAAGUGUCCUACGAAAGAUCGCAUGGACUGAAGAAGGAACACGAUUUCCUCACCUACCUCAACGAUGUUUGCCACCGCUACAAAAAACUUUGUAGAGGAGGUGGAUAAGGAUGGCGUCCUUAUUCCAGUGUCCAGUUUAAAUGACUCCAUUAAAAUAUUGUCAUUGGUUAUCAAGCGGAGGCGAUACUGGUUCUGGCAGAAACCCAAAUAUCUUGCCACAGAUUUUUGUUUCAAUGACAUCUUAAAGGGCCAGCCGAUACUGCCAGUUCUCACAGAGACAGACUUUAUCAAGUAUAAUGGAAGAUUCAGUGACAACAUGCAGGGUAAUAUAGAGGCUAAUCUACACCCUGAAGCGGUGAAUCUGAGCGUGGAGGGGAAAGAUUCCUCAAAGCUCCGGUCGGCCUUUGGCAGUUUAAAGAAAGAAGAGCUCGAUUUGCAGAAACUACUUCGAGAUUCCAAAGACAGGGUCCUGGACAUGUCUCACAGUCUAAUACAGCAGACUAAAGAGAAACGCAGGGAGGUGUUUGGGGUGGUGAAGGAGAGGAUUGAGACGACCCAGCCCUCCUCAGUCAUUGAGGAGGUCCAACAGACUGGAGCUCUAGGAGGACUGCUGAGCCUCUGUGGGCCCAAGGCCCUUAAGGUGUCCUUUAAAGAGAACGCCAACUUAGCUAAAGACAGCAAUGUGACCAUGGAGCUACCCCCACAUACAACCAUCGCUUAUGGGCUCAGUGAACUGGAAGUGAAGCCCAAUGGACACUAUGAGCUGUGUCUCAUGUCGGGCACUCAUGGGGGAUUUGAGGUGGAUGGAUCUUCAGAGGAACAAUUGGUUGGUGCCAUUGAUGGACACAAGAAUACAGCUAACAGUAACUGGCUCAAAGAAGAACUGGACAAGUUGGGCAGUCACUUCCAACUGCUGUCAGGUCUCAAGGCCUCUACCAGAUCCUCACUGUUCCAGUACUUCUGCUCAGUCCUGAAGGAGAGAGAGGCCGUCAGUCUACUGGAGAGUGUGCUCAACCAGAUGCGACAUGGUGAGCGGCCCCCUCUGGACAGUGGUCAGGCCGAUUCUCAGACACAGACUGUCCAGGCCUUACUUGAGGUCUUGGUGCUAUCUGGUGAGGAGAAGAGUGUGGAGACAGAGGACUUCAGCUGCACUCUGCUUGCUCUGCACCUCGUUAUCAGCGCCUUAGAUGAAAUGAGCGAUGACUGCCGUGCUGUCCUGGGGUCCUGCUGUACCCCCCAAGUGUUGAAGUCCCUGGACCUGCUGGUGCAGUGUGUCACCGAGGCUGGUGAGAUGUCUCUGAGCAGUGGGGACCUGGCUCCCCUCACUGGGGACACCUACCAGAGAACAGAGCUGCUGUUUGCCUCCUGCGGGGUGUCGCUGAAGAGGGAUGGAGAGCUGCUGCGGACAGAGGUCAGCCGCCAGCAGACAGACCCUACUCUUAUACUGUGUAUUGUUGUGAAAGGCCUCGCUGCAAUAUCUCACAGUGUUCAAUGCCACUUGUAAUCAUUUUAGUUACAUGUAUUUUGUUGAUUUUUACAAUGGUGGAUGUCAAUGUUUUCUAUGCAAAACAUGUUGCCCUGUUCAAUCUCAUUGAAAUGUUUAAUCAUUGUACAGCCCUAACAGCCCUAAAUCUGGCUAAGAACGAUGUUGUUUGGUCUCACCUGGCCCACAUUAUGCAACGUCAACUAAUUUAAAAAAGCCAAGAAUCAAGAGGGGAGAUUUUUUAAUAAAAUUUGUUGCCGCCUCUGACUUGUGUGGACUUAGGGAAACAUCGACCUACCGAUAAGGCACAUACUUGAAAAAAAAUAUUUUUUAAUAAUCUCCCGGUGCGCUAACUAGGUUGUUGAUGUUUUUUUUAAUGUGUUGGGACUCUAAUCAUGCUAGUGCAGAGAUUUGGUUCUAUUUUGAACAAUAUUAGUGGUUAGAAAAUGCAGAUUUGGAAGCGUUCACUCUGCCCCUAGCCAAUAACAUGGAAGCAAUUUGGGCAGUUACAUUGCUCAGAACAACUUUGGGCAAGCUCUAUAUUCGAUUAUCAACGUUAAGUUAUUUCAUGGGUUAAAUGGUGAAAAAGACCCUGGGUUAAAUUUUCGCCGGAAUUACACUUUUGAAGAAAAGUGAAACAGACUGCUCACCCUCACACUGGUCUGCCAUUGGACUUUCACUAAACAAGUUGUGAAAUUAGUUAACUAGUUAGGUCGAAUUCACACCCCCAGUGGCUACCAGUCUUCAGCACCGUUAAUCCUGCUGGCAUCGACAUUCUGCUCAAUAUUAAUGCACCAAUUUGUACCUAUUCUGCAUCAAUUUAUCAAUUGGUUCAAGCUAAUGUCGCAGCCAAUUCCACCACCAAUCAUUUGUUCAUACACAAAAGAAACUGCAGAGAUUGGUUUCUUUGAGAUUUUCUUGAUUUAGAAACAAACUAAACACAAACCCUGAACCCCUAACAGGGGAACCACUGCAGUGAACCCCUAACAGGGGGCCCACUGCAGUGUUAAAGCAGGGAGACAUCCUUGAGGCUCAGCUGCAGUCGACCACUCCUGUCGACCAUCUCAGGAUGUAGCUCAUGGUAUUACUGCGUCUGAGUCAGGCCUCUCAGUUCCCCUCAAGGGCGAUGAGCACGGUACAAACAGAUAAUAACUAAGGUCUUAGUUAUUAUCUGAGUGCACCCUAAGGGUGCACUCACACGAGGCCAUCUAGCCGUGGCCGUUGGCCGUUUUCACACCUUGCUCAAAUUGCCCCAUUGUUCUCUGGCCUGCACUCACACUAGGCCAUCUGGCAACAAGAGUGACGCGCCGUUGCUAUGGAUUACGUCAAUUCUCGUGCACGAGUUUAGAAGCGGUCAGUUCGGUGAUUGGUUGUUCAGACGAGCCCACUAAAUCACCGAAAAACAAGGAAAUAGCCUAUGCUAGAAAUGAAUUCCUAUUAAGUAGUUAUAGUGCAGUUAGCAGAAUACACGCAUGAUGACAAUUUUGUGCAGACCACGAUAAUGAAGUUGUAGCCAGCACGUUCAAGAGAGAUACGUUAAAUUGAAAAUAAAAUAAAUGUUAUGAACUACACAAGUGUUGACUGAUUUGUGCCAAGGUGUUUACCUAAAAUGUGUUUUCAAAGUGAUCCCUAAAUGCCAGUCCACUCGGUUCCACACGGCCAAAUUCAUUGUCAUGUUGAUCGCCAUCAUCAUAAUCAUCAUCGUCUGGCUAAGGAAUGUUCCUCUACUUGCAGGGGUUGUGUAGAAUGGCACAUACAGUGAUUACUGUGCUUGCCCUCUCUGGGGUGAGGCGUAUUUCGCCGUGGAGGACAUGAAACCGACGUUUCAUCUGCCCAAUUCCUCUCUCCACAACAUUUCGUGUAUGUUUGUGUGCUCUAGCAUAUAUGGAGGAAAUCAGUAAACAAAAAUAAAUAUGGAUUCAACAAAUAAAAGGCGUCAAUUAAAGAGCCAAUACGAUAUGUUUUACGCAUAGGACUAAGCGUAAUCUGCGUAAUCACUUACAUGUUUUACUUUAACUGUGCUCCCGGUUGUGGAUUGAGGUAGGGUGUCUAGAGCCACGUCUUGCAUGGAUAGUCACUGUCACCCAGCAAGUGACACCCAAUUGGUACAUCUCAAAAAGCUGCCUCAGACCACUCACCAUUAAAAUGCGGGAAUCAUGGGUAGCUGAAGCUCCAGGCCACUUUGCAUCAACAUCCAGUAGGCUAUGUUAAAAUUUGCAUCAAAAACAACCUGCGUGUUGAUGGAAUGCACUUUCUUCCUAUUGACGAACACGUCCUCGUCUUUUGAUGGCGCAAUUAUUUUUAUGUGUGUCCCGUCAAUAGCAUACCGACCACACCGGGCAUACCUGCAAUUGCCAUGAAGUUGGCUUUGAUCCUGUGUAAUUGUUGAAUGUCCAAAGGAAAGUUUAUGCCACGGCUGACUGAUGGUUGCGAUAUUUUUAAAUCGUCGGCAUUGCAAAGUUGCAUUUCCCCUGUUGCUAAAUAACGUAGUGUGGCCAAACAUUUUAUUUCGGGACUAAUCUGAUUUUUCCUGUUAGUAGGGGAUGUUAAUGCAUCUAACUCCACAACAAGUUGAAUAAUCUAACAUUUCGUCUCGCAGGCAUUUUACGAUUCUUUGUGAAUAGGUCUUACUGAGUUAGGAGUCCUCUUGAGGACUUUUAAGCUCUCCUAGACUUAGGUGCUACCUUUAGGCCUAAAAUACUUUGUGAAUUGCUCUUAGUGAAAAAAGUUAGGAGUCCUAAAUGUAAGUGUGACCCGCCCAUUAUUUUUAAGAGUUACUCCUAAAUUCGCCAGUUAGGACCUACUUUUAGCUCUAAGAUCCUUU